UAUAUUAAUAAUAUACUCUAUAAUAUUUUAAAUAUUUAUACUAUAACCUACUUUAAUAAUAUUCUAAUAUAUUUUAAGAAUAAAGCCGAAUAUAUAACGUACGUCCGUAUAGUAUUUGAGCGCUUCCGGGACGCUGGACUUUACUUAAAUCCUAAUAAGUAUAAAUUCGCGGUCAAGAAGGUUAAGUACUUUAGUUUUAUUAUUUACGCCAGCAUUGGUAUUUAG